AUGAGAAGUCGUAACGUUGUUCUCUAUCGAGUCCUUAACACAAUGUCAAAUUAUCUCAUUGGAGUUGUUAGCUUUGUCGUGUAUGCUGCAAUGCUUCUUAUACUUGCAAAAAAGAAGAAAUUUUCGUUCACUGGUAGUUAUGAGGUUAAAGUGACGUUGCAGAUCUCGUUUAUGAUGAUUGGUGAAAUCUUAUUCUUUAUUUACUGGGAGUUCUUCAAACUGCAAGGAUAUGGAGCAUGGGAUCAUGUAAUAGCUGAAACUUCUGUGGUAGUUUUCUUCGACAUCCUUAUUGCUCCGUUUCUGAUUCUUAACAAGAACAUUCACUCUGAGCUGAAACGGAUAUAUUUUGUGUACCGUGGAAAGAAAGGUACGGCUCUCACGACAGCAGGACAGAACUAA